CCACUCUCAGUCUUCUCUCUAUUCUCUCGAUUUGAACGAUUUUGUAUUUUUAGUUCUCUUUUAGGUGCGAUUCUCAUUCUCUUUAACUCUCAUCUUCUACCAUAUCGUCAUUUUCCCUUUUCCACCUGCUCUUUGCUCAAUCCUAACCUGCCUUUUAUUGGCAUGUUCUUCGUUCCAAUUAUGCAUUCACGUCUGUGUUUUCUUCUCCUUCCGUUUCCCAACUAUUCAUUAUUAAGCAUUCUUCACGGUCAAUGAAUUUUAGAGAUGGAGCUCACAAGUUGCCUCGCUGUAUUGUUACGGCUUGUACAGAUCGGAAAUCUCGGGCUUCAACUGCUAUGGUACUUUCUGCAAAUAAUUGUCAGCGCAUGGUAUUACAUAUCAGUUGUGGGUAAUUUGUUUGAAAGCUAUUUCAUCUCUUGGGGAGUAUUAAAGAAAUACAAGUCUCUUCAUUUAAAAAACGUUCGGUACCUUGCCAUUGUUAUAGAAAGUGAAGAAGCUUAUCAGAUUUCCAAAGUUGUUAAACUUUUGCAGUGGCUGGACUCUAUUGGUGUAAAGAAUGUGUGCCUCUAUGACAUGAAUGGAGUAUUGAAGAAGUCUAAGGAAACCAUAUUUCAAAAAUUGAAGAAUGCAAAAUCCAUAGAGGAUAUUAGUGAAGUUGUCACACACCAUGCUCCAGGUCACAUGACCUUAGAAUUUCUUUCUUAUGUGGAUGGGAAGGAGGCAGUGGCCAAAGCAGCUAACUUGAUUUUUGUGGAGAACAUGAAACGACAUAACUUGGGUGGAGAACUAGAUGUUCCAAUCUUGUUAGAAUCUCACUUGAAUGAGGCAUUGCAAAUUGUUGGUAGCAAAGGUCCAGAGCCUGACCUUUUACUGGUUUAUGGACCUGUGAGGAGCCAUCUUGGUUUUCCUGCAUGGAGACUUCCUUACACAGAGAUCAUACAUAUGGGAUCAUUGAACUUCAUGAGAUAUGGUUCCUUAAGAAAAGCUAUUUACAACUACACGAAAGUGCAUCAAAAUUAUGGUUCGUAAAGAAGGAAUUUGGAAGUAGUUGACAGAG